AUGGAAGACCAUAAGGAAACUAACCAUAUGAUUGUAUAUUAUCCCAUCGUUCCCUUUAAAAGACCUGAAUUAAUCCAAAAGCAUAUUGAAAUGGCUAUCAGUGUCAAAUAUGGUUUAGGAAAAUAUCACUUAUUAAAAAACAAUUGUGAACAUUUUGCAACUUUAUGUGUGGUCGGUGUUCCUUUUUCUAAGCAAGCCGACAUUACAUUUAAUAGCACCAAUGGAAAAAUAGAUAAAGAAUAUGUACUAAAAAAGAUGGAAGAAAGUAAUGAGUUGUUUAGUAAAAGAAACAUAUUGUUAAUCGGUAGUACAGGUGCCGGCAAGUCUACUUUAGCUAAUGUAAUCAGCGGUAAAAGUGGAGAAAAUGCACUAAAAGAGGCAGAAAGUUCUACAAGGUUUAGUGACACCCAGUUAACAUUAGCUCAAAUAAUAAGUAGAAUAGCAAGAGGGUGCGAAAAAAUUAAGGAUGGAAUAAAUCAAGUUUUGUUUGUGAUUGGAAAAAGAUUUACACCAGAAGAAGUAAAAACCUACAAUAUGCUGAAAGAUUUUUUCUUUGAUAAAGAAGUUACUAAAUACACUACAAUUGUCCGAACUAAUUUUACUAAUUUUGAAGAUAAGGACAUUUGUGCUAACGACAUUGAAGGACUAAUUAAAGAAAGUAAUGAAGGAGUCGUUGAGAUGAUUAAUUCGUGUGAUAAAAGAAUUAUCCAUGUCGACAAUCCCUCAAUAAACAUAAAUUUUAAUGAUAGUAAUAAAGAAAGAGUAGAGACACAAAUCGGUCUUAAUAAAGCAGUUCGCGAAGAAUCAAGAAAAAUACUGUUAAAACACUUAAAAACUUGCGAAAAAGUUUACAAACCAGAAAAUUUUGACAAAGUAGAUAAACUUAUUAAGGAUGAUGUGAUGAAAGAAAAUAAAAGAUUGCGAAAAGAACUAAAAAAGAUAAAAAGCGAAAGAAAAAAAGAAGACUUGAUACAAGAAAGAGUAAUUGAACUAAAUAAAAAAAUAGAUGACUUAAAAGAAGAGAUAAAAAAUAAUGAAAAGCUCAUAGAAAGAAAAAUGAUUGAACUUAUUGGAGAUAAUUUGAAAGCUGUUAUUGAGGUUUGUAGAACAGGGAGUGGAAAAUCAACACUAGCUAAUGUAAUUACCGGUAAAGAUGAAUUUAAAGAAGGAGAAUAUAGUUUUAGCGAAACUAAAGAUUUCAAAGCCAAAGAAUUUGAAGAAAGUGGAAUAAAAUAUCAAGUAAUUGACACACCGGGGAUUAAUGAUAGCAAGAUUUUAACUAAUUUAGAAGAAUUGAUUUCAUUCAUAAAAGAAGAUGGUUUAAGCCAAAUGCUGUUUGUAACUAGAGGUAAAUUAACUAAAGAAGAAAAGUCGCUGUAUAACCUGCUAAAAAAAACUAUUUUUAAUGAAGAUAUUAUUUAUUUUACCACUAUCGUAAGAACUAGUUUUGAUAACUUUGAAGAUAGAAAUAGUUGUGCUCACGAUAUAAAUUUGAUAGUUGCUGAAAAUGAGGAGUCUGGAGAUGAAAAACUUGAUGGAGAACUUAUUAAAAGGAUUAUUCAUGUUGAUAAUCCGUCAUUAGACAUUAUUGGCGAAGGAAAAAGAGCAGAACAACAAAAAGAGUUAAAUAAAGAAAUUCGUAAAUGCUCGAGAAAAAUGUUGUUAAAACAUUUAGAAACUUGUAAAGAAGUUUAUGAAACUAAAGAUAUAACAAAAAACUUUAGUAAACAGAUUGAAGAGUAUUUAAGUGAUAAAACUGGUGCAGAUUUGUCAAAAAAAAAAGGAAAAAUUAGAACAAUCAUUAAAGGAAUGAAAGGCGGGUUAAGACAAAUAAAUCAACUUGACAACGGCGAUACCACUCUUGAAAUAAUCUCCGGUUCUACUUCCCCACUUCCUCAAACAAAAAAUAACCAAAUCUUAGUAAUUAAUAAGGUUAUUAUUUAUGCCAUCCGUUUACUUGAAUAUAAGGACAAUAAGCUAAUUGAACGCAAAAGAUAUGCUAAAAAUAAACUAGGUUUUUCCACUUUAGAAGAUGCCUUAGCCAAAGCAGAAAGAAUUAAAGAAGCAGAAAGAAUUAAUCAAUGA